AGCCUGAUCCCCACGUGUGACGAUUUUGCCUUCCCGCUUCGGUAAUAUUCCUCCUGCGCUUCUGUUUUGCGCCUCGUCCCACUCUCUCUCUCUCUCUCUCUCUCUCUCUCUCUCUCUCUCUCUCCCACCCUCCCCGUUCUGUAUGUGUGUGUAUGAGAGAGAGUCAGUGUGUGCGUGUGUGUGUGUGAGUGUGUGAGAGAGAGUGUGUGCGUUUCGUAGUUUUACUGCCCUGUAGUUUUUUUUUUGUGAGACAGCGCGCUAUGGAUGGAGACGGGAGCCAAGCCACGUCCGGAAGCCCGAGCGACACGCAGCAUGACCCGGGCAAAAUGUUUAUCGGUGGCCUGAGCUGGCAGACCUCACCAGACAGCCUUAGAGAAUAUUUCAGCAAAUUCGGAGAGAUCAGAGAAUGCAUGGUGAUGCGAGACCCCACAACCAAACGCUCAAGAGGCUUCGGGUUCGUUACGUUCGCUGACGCGGCCAGCGUAGAUAAAGUCCUAGCUCAGCCGCACCACGAAUUAGACUCAAAGACGAUCGACCCUAAAGUGGCCUUCCCUCGCCGCGCUCAGCCUAAGAUGGUCACAAGAACGAAGAAAAUAUUUGUGGGUGGUCUGUCAGCGAACACAGUGGUGGACGACGUGAAGCAGUAUUUCGAGCAGUUCGGGAAGGUAGAAGACGCUAUGCUAAUGUUCGACAAGACCACUAACAGACACAGAGGCUUUGGCUUCGUAACCUUCGAGAACGAAGACGUCGUAGAGAAAGUCUGUGAAAUUCAUUUCCAUGAAAUCAAUAAUAAAAUGGUAGAAUGUAAGAAGGCCCAGCCCAAAGAGGUGAUGUUCCCCCCGGGCACACGGGGCAGGGCCAGGGGUCUGCCCUACACCAUGGACGCCUUCAUGCUGGGAAUGGGCAUGCUGAGUUACCCGAACAUCGUGGCGACGUAUGGGCGUGGAUACACUGGAUUUGCUCCGAGUUAUAGCUACCAGUUUCCCGGUUUCCCGGCAGCGGCGUACGGUCCGGUGGCGGCGGCGGUGGCGGCGGCACGAGGCUCAGGUAGGGGCGCCCGAGGAAGAGGCAGCUACGUGGCGUACCCACAGAACCCGGGGCCAGGCUUUCCCGAUUAUGGGUUUUAUUCCGCGCCCAGUGACCAGCGGGGGGCUCCCUGCUCCUUUGCCGACUAUGGCUCCCUGGGGCCUCAGGCGGCUCAGAUGCUGCAAAGCGAGCACGCCACAUCCGCCUGCAACUCUCCCCUGCAGCACCUUCACAGCCCGGAUCAGUUUAAGAGCCCAGGUUUGUAUGGCGCUAACCCCGCUCGACCUGGAGCCUUCCCGGGUGCCAACAGUCCGGGGCCCGUAGCCGAUCUGUACGGCCCGACUAGUCAGGAAUCGGCCGUGGGGAACUACAUCAGUGCUGCUAGUCCUCAGCCUGGCUCCGGCUUCAGCCACGGCAUUGCUGGCCCCUUGAUUGCGACGGCUUUUACAAACGGAUACCAUUGAAACCUAACAGGUGGUCGGUCGCCAUCUCAGUGGAGUGUAAAUCUGGAGGUCCUGGGAAGAAGGGCCGAAGUUUCUAACUGGUCGUGUACAGGUGAUGACUUGAGACUUCAAGCACUGCAGCAUCCCAUUGGUGAAAGGGACAGGGGGUGGCACCAUGAAGAAGAAAAGAACAAAGGAUAUGUUAAGCUCAUUUAAAAAAAAAAAAAAAAAAAAAAAUUAAUGAUAAUUAUAAUAAUAACAACUGCUGUACCAUAACCCCCACCACCCUCUUGUAACCACGUAGCUUUUAUUUGUUCUGUAUGGCAUUUUAUUUCUCUUUAUUUUCUGAUGCUUUUAGUUGGUUAAGUUGCAUAGUUGAUAAACAACGAAGAAGAAGAAAAAAAAAAAUGGUUUGGUUGGUUUGUGAUCAUUUAGAUUUUUUUUUUUAUUAUUAUUAUUAUUUCUAUUUCAUGUGAAUUUUCUUUCGGCAUUUUGGAAAGCGUAGUUUGUGUGUUUACUGGUCAUGUCUGAAUUACCUUUGGUACCAAUUGUUGUAAAGCUCCGAUUUUAUGGUGUCAUAUUUGCACAAAAACAGUUAACGAUCCAGCGUUACAGCUACGAGAGAGAACAUUUCAUUGCGAGUGAAAAACCGAGAGGGUAACCGAUCUAAUCAAUCUUAGUAGCUGUUUUUAAUUCUUGUGAUGUCUCAUUGUCGAUCAUAAUUACCUAUUUUUGGGCAAUACAAAGAGGACUCCAAUAUUUUUAUGGUCCUUUUUUUUUUUAUGUGUUGUUUUUGUCGUUUAGGGGAAGGGGGGGAAAAAAGAAAUGUAUACUAUGGCAUUUUUUUUUUUUUUUCAGAUGAAUACAUUGUGAAUUCAGAUUUAAGAAAAAAAAAGAAAUGUUAAUGUAAAUAUUAUUCCAGUCAUUGCAUAUAACCUACUCAGAAUGGGGGAGGGGGGGGAAAGUAAAUAUUUUUCUGACCAUGUGUCAAAAAGAAAUUGUUCCAGGAUGUGAAUAAGCAAAAAGAAAAUAUACGUCUUAACAGAUUAUUAUGUAGGUGUCACUCUAAUACAGUAAAGUACCCCGGUGACGAAUCGGAUAGCUGUUUUUCCGCUUGCUGUGUAAAUACUCGAGCUGAAUAAUUUUCCAAGUGUCAUACCAGCAUAUUUACAAACCGGUGACUACAGGGCACUGCUCACGGUCGGAGAAACAGAUAACGUUGGUGGAGGCCUUUAUCUUCACUCUGGAGAUUCAAGCUUGAACUUUUGAGAGAACAAUGUUUCAAUCCAAAGCACACUGUAGGUAGUGUUAGAGAGAUUUUACUCUGUGUGACCUGACACUUUUAUACUCCUGACAAGUAAAGAAAAGAAAAAGAAAAAAAAAAAAAACGACUAUGUUAUUUAGUGUUGUUGUUUGUCCUGUACACUCGGUUCCACCUGAUUUUGGAACUCGGUAUCUGGCCUGUACAUUACAGUUAGGCGUGUGCUGAUAAUUGGUUAUACGAUAUAAUCGCGAUAUUUGACAAUAUCGCUCCUGUGCGCGUUUCCAGUAAAAACGUACUCGCUCUGUUCAAGAGGAACACUUAAAGAUCUUCUAAGGGUGCUUAUUUUUUUUUUAGACAUCCGAGGGAGCAGAACACGUGUUCUCGAGGAUCCUAAUUCACUGGAUUUCUAUAUUGUGGCAUGAAUAAUUUUGUCACUUCUAAAAAGAGAAAGAAAAAAAAAAAACCACACACACACACACACACAUCGUGACUAUAAAUGCCGUGAUCAGACUAUUAUAUACAUAUAUAUUAUACGGACGAUCGUGAUGUAAUCGAAUAUCAGCACAUGCCUAGUCGCAGCUUCUUCUUUUUAAAUGAAUCGAGAAGGCAAACCUUUUAUACCAUACCUCAGUGCUGUGAGUUUAACGGUGGAAACGCUUAGGAAAAGAAAAGAAAAAAAAAAAAAAAAGUAAUUUAUUUUAUCGGCGAAUUAACAGGCGACCCGUGCUGAGCUGAGUAUAAGGCUAAAUCAUUGCACUGUGACCAGUGGAAAAGCCCUCUGAAAAAGCCGCUUCCUUUUUUGCACAUGUCGAACGCUCCUUGACCAGGGUUUCAUGUAUGAAGACGCCAUACGAAUGUCACUGCGAGGCGAACGAAAAGAAAAGCAGUCUCUAGCCCUCGGAGCUCAGAUCUCAUUUCAUGGCUAUAGCCAGCAUCGACUCUAAAAUAUUGACGUAUUUUAGAUUACAGCUGAUAGAAGACACUGAAUAUGUUCGUGCAGAGAACCAGAGCUGCUGUGCUGACUUUGUUUUUCUUGUAUAAAGGACUUUUGGGUUUUGGUCAGAGAUAUAACGUUUAAUGAAAUGAUUUUAAAGUGUGGCUUGUUGAAGGUGAUGAUUUGAUCGAUGUAUAUUUGUACAUUUGUCUCUUGUUUCCUGCUGCAAAUGUAUACGUGUUUUUAAUCCUUUGGGUUGUUUUUGUUUUUUUUGGUUGUUGUUGCCGUUUCUUUUUUGGUUUGACUUUGUUUCAUUUCGAUGUACACCGACGCUCCGAAUAACCAGGUGAAGCGAAAUGCUGGAUGCUUUUUACACAAUCUGGAGAUACGAUCAAGUAAUAAUUUAAACAAACUGAGAAGAAGAAGAAGAAAAAAAAAAAAAAAAAGAUGACUAUUGUAAUGUUCAAAUGUACAAAAAAAAAAAAAAAAAAUGAAAUACAAAACUUUAAAAAAAGGAAAAAAAAGAUGUUCCUUCACUGAUUUCAAUUUUGAAGGGGGGGGGGGGGGGGGGGGGGGUAAUAUUAUGACUCAUAUUUUCGUUGAUGUUGUUGAUAGAGUAGUGAAUAUACUAAUUAUACUCCAGUGUACUCUCUCUCCAUUCCCCUUCACCACCACACCCGAGCUUCAGUUCAUCACUGUAUUUAGUAGGCGUGUGCUCAAAUUCAUAUUUGAUAUACGAUAUACACGGAUUUAUUGUGGACACGUCAAAAUGUUUUUUAUAUAUAUAUAUAUAUAUAUAUAUCUGGCAAAUAUUUUUGGCUGUCUUUGUGCUCAUGAGGAGAAAAGAAAAAAAAAAAGAGACCCAUUUGAAGUAGGCGUUCCCAUCAUUCUGUACCCAGGACAGAACCGCCCGUCCAAGCGAGCGGCGAUUUUUAAUCGACGUAUUCGUUUUUGGGAGGGUUUUUUUCCCCCCACUACAGUCUUGUGAUAAAUGCAAUGAUGAAACGUGAAGCAAUUAUCAUGACAUGAGAGUUUUGACAUCGGCACAUGCCUAGUAUUCGGUAGUGUGUAAAAUCAUGUAUUGUAACGACGUGCUGUCUUUGAUACUCGUGUAGUGAUUUCACUUUCCCAUGGCCAUGCUUUCCCUCCUUCCUUUCAUCUCUCUCUCUCUACUAAUUACUAGAUGCUGUGUAGACUUGGUAGUUUGUAGCACAUUUAGGACCACUAAGGAUCAAACUUUCGCAAAUUUCACCUUUUACCUGCUUCGUUUGUCCACAUGGUUUUCCGAUGAACCAAAGCUUUCGCAAAAUUACUCUCAUCAUCGUAACGCGAAUCGCAAGAGACAGAAAACAAAAGCAUCACUUGGAUCCACACCAUUGAAUGUUGUUUUGUUGUUUCUUUUCUUUCUUUUUUUUUUUUUAAAGCAGUGUGCCAUACUACCUUAAAUCCUAAUGCGCAACUCUUUACUUUGGAUGGUAGUUAUAAUUAUGAUGAUUUAAAUUUUCUAAUUAAGCAGUAAAAAGGUCAGUGGAGAUUUUAAUUCGGAAAUCUUUUCACCGAUUCUCAUCAUUAAUCAUAAUUACAGUCCUAGUACGCAAUUACCUGAUUGGAUGUUUGUACGCUUUCUCUUUUUUUUAUGCCUUUAAACAGAUCUUUCAUUUCUUUUACACGUAUAAAAGCUGUGUACGUACACGCUCGCUUGCCAGUUUAUCGGAUCAUGCGAUUACUUUGAACUCGACGCUCGACGGACGACGGAGAACGGAUGAAACGAGCCGCGUCGGAAGCCGUAGUGAAACACGCGCACGCCUGUUAUGUUGCUUCGCGACGAAAGCUUACUGUUCGCAGGCUACAUUGCGUGGCAGAAGAAUAGUUUACAGUCAAUGUUAUAAGGAAUUAAUUCAAUACUUUUAUAGAACACUUCUAUCCAUGAUACAAUCGCUACCAUGUGCCUUUGUUUCAUAACACAGGCAAAACACUUGGUGACUAGUCUCGAACAGGACACCCGCAGGUAGGUGCGUAACAAAAUGGCCAGGAAGAAUAAAACUCCCGCAUCGUCACUGUGCCUGCUAUACUCGUACACACUUCCUAUGGCACUCGUGUCAACGUCGUGUUGAGCUUAUUCCACCGCUCGAAUAAUACCUGCUCAGUGGUGGUCCGUGUCCACUGACAGACCGGGUAGGUGGCGAACACGUUCUAUACCACCACCUAUAACUACCACCCAAAGUUUCUGAGCGCAGAAGAACCUUCUGUGCACAGCAACAGAUAAGCUACCAUCAGUAAUUACAGAGCUGUAAAUGAGCAGCUAUAUGGCAGGAUUAUCUGAUAAACUGCCUAGUAAGAGUACAGACAAUGUAGGGAUACCAUGUAGGGCGUAUGUACAGCUAUAAACGUAAACGGAAAAUUCUAAAACAGUCCGGCGGCGGCGGGCGGCGGGGGGGGGGGUUCGCCUCCCUAAAGGAAAUUUACGAUUUCACGUCUGCUGUGUGCCAAGACGAACCUUUACGGCACUUACAAUCUGGACAAUCUGGCAUUUAUAGAACAUGGUCCUUAUUGUUAUUAUGGACACUUUAAAAUAUCAUUCAUUCAAGGGGUGCCACCCUUAUCUUUUGGACCUUUAAUAUCUAUCCUUAACCUAGAAAUGUGAAUGUAGUGCAGCUUUAAAAAAAAAAAAUAAAAAUACUGAAGGUAAAUUAUUACCUUUAGUUUAGAGAGAGAGAGAGAGAGAGAGAGAGAGAGAGAGAGAACACCUUAUCCGCCUUUCUAGGUAAUACACACGAACAGUACAAAAGGUGUACGCUUGACAAAGAACGACGACAGAGACUAGGAAGGUGAUAUAAACUCAGCGGAUAUCUAAUAUUCCUUCCAUUCAUCGGUCUGUGAAAGUUUGGAAAACAUCAUCCUAGUACGGUCACACACACACACACACACACACACACACACACCAUAGCUGAUUGGCAAGAUAGUUUUACAUAGAUCAUAAGUAAGGAAUAACACGACCCGGAGCUUCGUGACUGUACAAAUUCAAUGGAAAUGUUAAAUAAACGUUUCCUACCAACGAUUGUAGGUUUUACUUCGUUAAACAGCAACAAAUCUUUUUAAAAAUCCGUUUUUUAGUCAUCUUAGAUUAUGUGGAGUACAACGAUAACGUAUUAGAGCGAGCGCAUCGAUAUUAACCUGAUCUUCGUGGUACAGCCGGAACUAACGACCAAUCAGAUUUGCGCAUUCAACUGCACUGUGGUAUAAAUUCAUUUACACUUCAGCAAUAAUGUUCAGGUCAAUAUAUAUAUAUAUAUAUA